AUGUCAGGUAUAUUUUCUCAGCUAGCUUCUGGCCUUCGAAAUCUAUGGUCGCCUCAAUGUAAGGCUGUAAAGAAUCCAUUUAGAGGAAAAUUUGGAGGGGGACCAGAUUGCCUAAAAAUCAGACCGACUUUUUCCGGGAACGGACGCGACGAUCGACCAUACGAACCUAAAUGGAGUAGCAAUUCAAAGUACAUGACUCAGGCCCUGGUGUUGGUAGCCCGACUUUAUACGACAAAGGUCAUCAAGCUACCAGUCAUCUGUGCUACCGGCUCUCAAGACCGUCACCAACCCCGACCGCGAAGCCAGCUGCUACUCAGAACCAAGGCCAAACUUCGCUGGUAUUGUAGAUUUCCAAUGAUCCAUCAUACGGUUCAUCUAGCAACUAAAACGCAGAGACUUACCGUGAUUAGUACCUAA